AGUAAAACAAAACGUACAGUAAUCAAAAACAAAAAUGGUUGUUCAAGGAACAGUUAAACCACAUGCUUCAUUUAACUCACGUGAAGAUGCUGAAACAUUGCGUAAAGCCAUGAAGGGGAUCGGUACCGAUGAAAAAUCUAUUACUCAUAUUCUGGCAACUCGAUCUAACGCACAGCGCCAACAGAUUAAAACUGAUUACACUACACUCUUUGGAAAACAUUUAGAAGAUGAAUUAAAAAGUGAAUUAAGUGGUAAUUAUGAAGCAGCAGCUUUGGCUUUAUUAAGGAAACCUGAUGAAUUUCUUGCUGAGCAACUUCAUGCUGCUAUGAAGGGGCUUGGAACUGAUGAAAACGCUUUGAUUGAUAUACUUUGCACACAGAGCAAUGCACAAAUACAUGCUAUUAAGGCUGCAUUUAAACUAUUAUACAAAGAAGAUCUAGAGAAAGAGAUAAUAAGCGAAACAUCUGGAAAUUUUCAGAGAUUACUUGUUUCUAUGCUUCAGGGAGGUCGAAAAGAAGAUGAGCCUGUAAAUGCUGCUCAUGCUGCUGAGGAUGCAGCAGCCAUUUAUCAAGCUGGUGAAGGACAAAUUGGAACUGAUGAGUCAAGAUUUAAUGCCGUACUUGCAACAAGAAGUUACCCACAACUCCAUCAAAUUUUUCAUGAAUAUUCAAAGAUUUCUAACAAGACUAUUUUACAAGCCAUUGAAAAUGAAUUCUCUGGUGAUAUUAAAAAUGGCCUGCUAGCAAUAGUGAAGUCUGUUGAAAACAGGUUUGCUUAUUUUGCCGAAAGACUCCAUCAUGCAAUGAAAGGUUUAGGAACAAGUGACAAAACUCUUAUUCGAAUUUUGGUUUCCCGAUCAGAAAUUGAUUUAGCAAACAUCAAAGAAACUUUUCAGGCCAUGUAUGGAAAAAGCCUCUAUGAAUUUAUUGCAGAUGAUUGCUCUGGCGAUUACAAAGAUCUUCUUUUACAAAUCACUGGACAUUAAUUUGUUGAAGAUUUUAUUAGCUCUUUCACAAUAAAUACUUGUCAAAAAAUAUUUUGAAUGGUUCUUUUUUAUAAAUAUACAUGUAUAAUAUUGUAUUGGUGGUUAGCCUUUUAUUUUGUAAUUCUUUUUUACUUUGAAUCUUGUAAUUAUUUUUAUUAUAUUUAUAAUUUGAAUAAUAAAAAAAUGACUUUAGUUUU